UUUCAAAAUCAAUCAAUCUGUCUUCAUUCCGAGAUUAUCGGCUUGCUAAAGCAAUUGUAGAGUUGCAUUCUCUUCCUCCCGUUGUUGUCUGGUGAUGGACUCCUAGUCGUUCCUUGCAACUCCUACUGCAUCCAGUGCAACAAUUAGCACAGCCUCUCACGCAUCUUCUGCUGCUAGUGUUACUGCAAUGGGGAAAAAGCUGGAUAAAUCUCGCCCGACGAAAGCCGAUGGCGAUAGCAGGAGUGCUGACAAGAAGUCUUUUGGGUGGGGAUUGCCUGUUCUUGUGGCCGUGCUGUCAUUGGCGAUAGGCGGCUGGGCAGUAUCGCGACCAGGUGGCAUUGCGUCGCUUCUCAGAGCCAGCUCGAGUGCUGUCAAGCCUGCCGCCUGUUGUCAGCCACUGUUCCUGGCUGGCAAGAACCCGCAACGUGUUGCCAUCGUGGCAACGGUGUGGAAGUCAGAAACUGUCUUGUGGCAGUUCCUCUGCUACCAUUUUUCUAUAGGCAUCGAUCAUGUGUUCCUGGUGGUAGAUUCGGGUGACAAAGAUGAUCCACAAGUGGAAAUAGCGCGUCAGUUCGGCGAAGACCGCGUCACCAUCUGGCUGCAUAACGAGGACCUUGACAAGGAGUAUCAGAAGUUGAACAUGUGGAAGAAGUUCGGACCGUUCAGAAAGACCGAAGUCAUGGCGCGCCAGCUUCUGAACAUGGAGCUAGCACUCCGGCAUUCUAUCCGCAAGAAAAUCGACUGGCUGCUCAGUAUUGACAGCGAUGAGCUGUUCUUUACCAAGGAUAUAAGUAUCAGACGUCACUUUAGUCGUCUGGCACGGGCAAAUGCACACCAAGGCGUGUAUUUGAACUACGAGGGCGUACCGGAGAAGAUGGAGUCCGACUUCUUUGUGGAGACAAGCCUUUUCAAGCGAAACAUGAUAACGUACGACCUGUCCGGUCGCAUGACACAGGAGCAGCACCAGUGGGCGAAUGCACGCCGCCGCGGCGUCUACCAGCAGGGCUACUUCACUGGCAAGGCGGCCGUCCGUGUGCCCUACGACAACAUCACCGAGGACGAGGUUUGCCUGUACCCCAACAUUUGCCCAUGGGAGGUGACCCGUUUCUUCGGUGCUUUCCACGAGGUGCGGCAUAACUUUGACGGCCCGCUAAUUCUGCACUACAUCAACCCGACGUUCCCGUGGACCUAUCAGAAGUAUGCCAAGCUGAAGAAGUUCUCCGACAAGGUCUAUGAUCACAACGAGGACUCUGUGCAGCAUGUUGAUCGCAAGCACUCCGCCGAGGAGUCCACCGCACUGCCGCAUCACAAGUAUGUCCGUGAUGUCAUAUGGAGAGCCGACGGAACGCUCAACUCGGAUCUGUCGGCUGUGAAGCGGGAGUACCGCACAUGGGGAAUGCUGGACGGCAAGCAGGAAACAGAUGCUGCCCUGCAGACGGGUCUUCUUGCAUACUUACCCGAAGCAGGAUUUCUCAUCGAGGAUCUCAUGAAGUGUGAAUCAGAAGGCAGGGCCGUGUUCCACGAUAUGCCCAACUUGGCCGAGUCCAAGAAUCAGGAUCGCCUCAAGCACUUGCAGGCUCGCUUCAAGAAGAAGUGGCGCAAGUUCAAGUCCGAUGUCAAGGGAAAGGUUCGCUUCACUGAGCACCAGUUCGUCAGGCCCACGCAGUGUACGCGGCCCGAGUUCUGCAGCAACAUGAAGAUGUGCGCCAACGUCACUUGCCAUGUCGGAACAGACUGUUGCGCAAUGCUUCGGCAGAGCAAAGGUGCUCUAAAGGUGUACGACAAGCGCGCCAAGGUGUACAUGGGCGUUGUGGACAAGAAGCGGUUCAGCAGAAUGGACGUAUAGCUCUGACGGCGUGUCGCCUAGCUGUCCACUAUGCACGGCAUACUACACACCUCUUCCCUAUCCAGCAUAUCAUACCGACUCACGACAACGCUCUUCUAGGUUAGUGGCACCUAGAUGGCAAUCAACAAGACUUGAGAGUAGCUUCAGUUUUAUUUCACACGUACAAUUUCAUUUUUUUAGACCGCUGACGCAAUGCCGCGAGGCAAGCUAAAAAACCCUGCUGACAUGUAUUGGCUACCUACCUCCAUCUCUGCACUCUGCUUGUGGGUGCUUACUGGGAUGUGGCCAUACGUGUAUAUGAUGCUGUUGAGAUGUUUUAUUAUUAGUUUUCUUCCAGUAGAAAUCCUGCGCCAAGCACGAUUUCUAGCUGUCAGCCGUAUUUUGCUUUAACAACGAUUUCCAGGCCCGUUUUGAAUGGCGCGGUCGUGCCACCCUCUA